AUGAAAAAGGACAAGAUGCCAAAAAAGUUGCUGACAAGAGUUGACGAUGAAGGUCAAAGCAAAAUGGCAACCAAGAAGAUAACAAACAUGAAAGACCGUGAGGAUCAAAUCAAGAUGCCAACAAAGAACUGCAACGAAGAAAAUCAUCUAGGCAAGAUGAAAGCCAAUGAAAUUGAGGGUCAAAGUGGGAAGAAGCCGUCUAGGAAGAAGGUGACAAUGAAGAAAUCAAAGAUGGAAGAUGAUAAAACCAAGAUGAAUAGCAAUGACGAUAAUGGUCAAAGCAAGAAGCCGACCAAUAAGAACAUGCUGAUGAAGAAAUCAAAUGAAGAAGAUGCCAACGAAGAAGAACAUAAGAUUGAGUCUCUUAUCCCAACUAUGACUUUGGAUGAAUUUUUCAAAAAAUAUGGGAUAUCAUUGGAUGAAAAUGAUGAGGAAUAUGAAUAUGAUUAUGAUGAUCACAAUCCAAGUGUUGGUGAUUGUAGUGACAGUCAACUCGGUACGAAAAAGAAAAAAGUUUGUGGUCCCACCCAACUCAAGCAUAUUCAUGCUAUGGAGACACAGAUAGAGUUAACAUGGUGCAACGACAGACCUAUAGGCCCAACAAAGACUCAGGUUCAAUUGUUUAGUCGAUUCUUAGGUACACUUGCAAGAAACUCUAAUUUGGUCAUGUUAUUAUAUACUAGUUGGCAAGCUGUUUCAAGUGAGACUAAAACUUUAAUGUUCGAUUAUGCAAAGGUUAUUUCUCACAAAAAUCGUGAAAAUAGAUCCAAACAAAAAUGGAAUCAUCGAAUGGGACCUGUUAGUUUUGAAUUAGUACGCACUGAAUUGCAUGCAAAAAAAGAGCACAAUGAAGAUCCAUCACAGUAUGAGAUGUUUGUUGUAACUCGUACUAACAAGAAAGGAGAGACUGACUCGGGAACACAAGAGACGAUUGAUCAUCUUCAAAAUUUGAAGCAAGCUGGAUACAGUGAUGAUGAAGCACUUCAAACGGUUUUUGGAAAGGAGAGACAUGGUAGAGUUCGUUUCUACGGUCGAUCAGUCACAAAAUCCUCACUUAAAAAGGAUAAGCAAAUUCGACAAAUGCAACAACAACAUACUGAAGUGGUUUCAACUAUGGAGAAAAAUCAAAAUAACUUAACUUCCAAGUUGGAUAGUUUAACGAGCUUGAUCAAAACGUUGUUGCAACAAGUUAAUCCUGGUAUUAGUGCGAAACAAGUGCAAGUAAUGAUAGAAGCUGCCCAACAAUCUCCGCCUGAUGCAAGUAGUGCACCAAAUGAUGCGAGGCGAAGCAUUCCUCUUUCACUAGGAUCGAACCAUGUGUCAAAAGCUAUGGAACCUGAUGAGCCAGCACUAUCGGACGGUGGGGUAGCCCCUAUAUACGCGAACGGACCUGUGCUUGAGAAUGGUUUUGUACAUAGUGACAGUAGUGCUUCUGGUGGUUUUGAGGGUAUAGUUGUAGCUGUGUACGAGGAGGAGGAGGAGGAUCCUGAGAUAGAGAUAGAGCAGGAUGAGGAGAUGGACGAGCCUCACGACGAUUCUCCGAACAGCCACGUGUAG